UCUGCCAGUGAUGUAAUCAUUUAGGAAUUGGUGUUAUGCAAAUUACAUAAUAACGAAACCUGACAGUCCGGUUGGGCGGUAAUAACAAAGGCAGGAGUUAAUUUCUGCCUCUACAAAUUAUUAAAAUCGUUAUAGUAAUAUUAUUUUGGCUUUACAAGUAGUUUAGCGUGUGUUUAAUUAGUUUUUUUCUAAUAGGAAAAUGCAGUAAAGGAAUGUAACGUACUUAAACUCCAUUACCCAUGAUGCCUUGCGAAGUCCAGCCCCCAACUGUGAGCUGAUUGGCGUAAAACUCAAAUCACAGGCGGGAGAGGAGCGAGUAAGACGCUUGGCUAAACUCUCCUAAAUUUAAACUAAAAAUAAGUGUUUUCAAAGUCGCUAUUUAAUCGGUAAUGUGUUCCUGAAUGACUUGAGUAAAAGUUUCGACGGUAAACCGGUUUGUUGAGCUGGAAGAAGAGGCGGAAAACGACGUUAAUCGACGACGGUAUCACCGAGGAGAGACGGGAAGUGAUUCAACAGUUUGAAGAUGAUCAUGAGGGGGCAGAAGCGUAAACUCCCGCUAGAAGACGAGGAGGUUCCAGACAGGACCAGUCCCAACUGGGAGACCCAGCGGCAGUUUGUGUUCUCCGUCUCCCUGAGCAAGUAUCAGCGCAGCCAGGAGCUGGUGGAGCCCAGCCUGAGGAGGUCCGUUCUGAUCGCCAACACUCUGCGGCAAGUCAGCCUGGGGGAUUGUGGAUCGCCUUCUGCAGAUGAGGAGACAGAACAGCCCGCUUGUAGCUCCUCAUCUGCACUCCAAGUGACUGAGCAGGAGAGUAUAUCCACUGGAGACUCUGCAGGAGGCUCCCCGAUGGGUUCUUUAAAUUAUGCUUCCAAUUGCGCUUCAAGUUUCUCCAGCGUCCCCUCAAGUGAAUCAAACGUCCCCAUGAGCGUAGAGGAUGAGGACGAGGACUGGGCCAUGUCUACAGAUUCUGACCUCGAACUCUCAGCUGCCAUUUCCUCCAUUCUCACUGCACUGGAGUCUCCCAUCGACGGCAGCCCUCAGGCAGCUCCGCGGACACCUCUCAGGUCCCUGGAGAACCUGUCGGGGCCCUCUGAGGGAGGCGUCUCGUGGGUGAAACAGGGAAGCAGAGACUGUGGCGUCAGCUGGGAGCAGCAGGAGGAGGAGGAUUGCCGGGUCUCUGUGAGCAGCAUGGAGGCGAUGGGGUCCAGCUACCUCAGCGAUCUCACCGUGGAGGAUCUGUUCCAGGACAUAGACAUGUCCCUGCUGGAGGGGGACAUGGGGUGCUGUCUGAUGAGCGGUGGAGGUGGAUACCCAGCUGGGGAUGAUCUCCUCCAGUACCUGCCUCCUUUCUCUCCCUCCCUGUCCUCCUCUCAUCCAUUCUCGAUCUCUCUAAACCCCAGCCACAAGUGCCUGCCUUCGUUCUCCACCUUCAGUCCGUUGUCUUCCUCUACCUCGUCCGCCCUCUCUUUGGCAACGUCCUCUCCCUUUUCUGGGCAGAAUCUCGUGAGGGAGGGAUUCGAGCUGGAGAAUCUUUUGGAGAUCCUGGUGGAGUCCUGAUCGCCUCCAUCAUAAUGUACUCAAACGAGAUGCAAUCUGAACAAAUAAGUCGACCAACGCGGGCUGAAUUCAUGAGGCAAAGUGCCAGAUUGUUGAACAAAAUGACUGUCAGCGUUUGUUAUUUUUCUAUACUGCUCAGAGAAAUAGUGCAUUAUGGGAUUUGAAAAGCAGAGAAGGCUCUAGAAACGUGGAAAGGCUUGAUGUCAAAGACAGAACAGUCUCCACGAGGAGCAGCUUUUAGUGCAAAAUAAAGGGUUUUGGUUGAGUCACAGUGAAAACAAUGUGGGUGGUAAUCAGAUAUCGCUGUGUCCUUUUGAUGACUCAGCAGUGAGUCAGCGGAUCAUGAGCCAAUGAGCAGCGUUUUACUACAGUUUUCAGCAUGACUCAGCUAAUUGGAACGAAGGGCGGGAGGGAAGAACACGGUUUAUUCAGCAGAUGUAAAGUUUACAGGUAAUUAUCAGGUGUGGAGAGAACAGCAUGGCUCUGAAACUAAACUUUAGGGGGUCUGAAGGAAGGAAUAAAGAGCCAGGAAGUCAUUUACUGGCUGGUUUUUCAUAGCAUGUGCAAAAUGAAAGAUCUGACUUAGAUCUGAUUUAGCUGGAAGCAGAAUGUCUGAAACACUAAUGUUAAGGGUCAGAUCUUCCGUGAAGAGAUCCUUUAAUUCCGUAUUUAUCGCUGAUUUCUAACAGGAAGAGCGAUCAGGUCAGAAUUUCAAACAGUGGUAGCAAUCAAUCAAAAAAAGGUCAUGAAGAACAUUUUGUAUAUUUAUGGUAUCAGGUGGUUUGGUCAGAAGAAAAAUAUUUAUAAGAACCAAUGUUUUGUGCUUGAAAAAAAAAAUUCAGGUAGUGUUUGUAUCUCACUGCCAAACGCCGUCUGAUCUAAAGAAACAGAGUGAAAGAAGUGUAGUCUGAAAUGUUUCCUCAGACAGGAAACGCAGUGACAGGUGGUUGUUCUGAACGGCUUCUUGCACAUUUUAGUCUCUUAACAGAUGCUUUUUACACAAAGAGCCUUUACAGUACUGUGAUUGUACACAAAAAAAACAUCCUCAUGAGCUUGAAUGCUCAGCUAGUCAACCACUAUGCAGCAGCUCCUGUUGCACCGACUGAAUUGUUAUUGAUCCAUGGGUGUUUUGGCAUCGAGCUUUGAGCCACAUUGGCUGAUUGAAUCCAUACGAUGCCGCCCCUCCACACCCAGUGAGCGAUGAAUUCAUCAGCAGGUCGGUUAGGUUAGUUUUGUCCAGUUUACGUCUGAAUUGUUGCACUUUGUCAAUGAUUGGCAUGCGUAAAUCUCAGCCCUGCCAACGUUGGGAUUGAGAAUUAAGAAGUGACAUGACAGGUAUGAAGACACACAAAGUGGAAUCCUAUCAUUGUUCCGUUAUCAUUUUAAAAAAAUGUUUAAACUGUAACUUUGCUGGCUUUCAACCAGCAUUUUAACCAACACUGUUUAAACAGGACGGAGAUGAACUGUUUACGAAGCCUUUUUUGUACGUUUAUAUCCGGUUUGUGGAGUAAAGCUGCUGUUUUAUGCAAAUGUCCUCUGAACAGUUUCAGUCUAUUUAUGAAAAGCAUGUUUUGUCACCAAGAUGUGUAAUUUAAUGUCACACCAUACUGACAAAUCACUAGUGGUAUAAUAAUAUACCCACAUGGCAGUAAUUUUACUUUUACUGGUUGUGUUUUACAAUGCAGGGCAGAAUGCUCACAUACUAUGUAUUUAGACUUUUUUUUUUUAAAGAAAGCAAAUGUUUACCUGUUCUGAUGUUUUCAAUAAACUACAUAAAGAAAAAUGUGCCUAGUUUUCAU